UAAUUAGAAAAAGAAAAUUUAGUGAUGGAUUCCAAAGGAGGAGAAAGGAAGAAAGUGUGUGUAACAGGUGCUUCUGGUUUCAUUGCUUCUUGGAUCGUCAAACUCUUGCUUCAUCGCGGCUACUCGGUCAACGGCACCGUUCUUCGUCAAACUUACAAUUGCAUGUUUGUUAAUUAUGGUGUUGUACAUAUUACAUAUAUUAUAUAUUAUAUAUAUUAUAUAUAUGUAGAUGAUCCAAAUGAAGUAGAGCAGUUGGUUGGUUUAGAAGGAGCAAAGGAAAGACUGGAGUUGUUCGAAGCGAAUCUUAUGGUAGAAGGUUCCUUUGAUUCUGCUAUUCAUGGAUGUGAUGGUGUUUUCCAUAGUGCAUGUCCUGUUAAACUCCAAGUCUGUGAUCCUCAUGCAGGCUGAACGUACUAAUUGAUCCAGCAGUAAAAGGAACGUUGAAUGUCCUGACAUCCUGUGCUAAAUUAAGUUCCUUCCAUUAAGCGAGUUGUGUUAACAUCUUCCAUGGGUUCAUGGGUUCUGUUCUGUUCUGUGCGCUGGUAGACCUCUGACUGCUCAAACUGUAGUCGAUGAAUCAUGGUUUUCUGUCCCUGAAUUCUGCGAGAAAUCACCAAUGGUACUGGUACGUACGUUAAUUUGUCUACUUACUUUUUCAUGAAAACCUGAUUGAUUACUGAUGACUUAAUUUGAUCUGCAGAAGUGGUAUCUGCUGUCAAAGACAUUCGCCCAAAAAGCUGCCUGGAAAUUUGUCAAAGAACAUGAGAUCGAUAUGGUAACAAUCAAUCCAGGAAUAGUGAUAGGUCCUGUAUUGCAGCCAAUACUCAAUACUCAAUACUCAAUACUCAAUACUCAAUACUCAAUACUCAAUACUCAAUACUAGU